AUGCUGAGAACGUCGCUGCCCAAGGCGUUGCGGGCCUCCCAGAGGUCCUUCCACUCCUCUGCUCCCGCUCGCCGAGUCGUCGCGACCAACCCCGUCAAGGCCCAAGAAGUCCCGUCAUGGGCAUCAGGGAACUAUCCCCUGAUUGAACACGAAUACGACGCCAUUGUUGUGGGGGCUGGUGGUGCCGGGCUGAGAGCUGCGUUCGGUCUUGCUGAAGCUGGCUUCAACACGGCGUGUAUCACGAAGCUCUUCCCCACACGAAGUCACACUGUUGCCGCUCAGGGUGGUAUCAAUGCUGCGCUUGGUAAUAUGACUGAGGACGACUGGCGGUGGCAUAUGUAUGACACGGUAAAAGGUUCAGAUUGGCUUGGUGACCAGGAUGCCAUCCAUUAUAUGUGCCGAGAGGCCCCCCGCACUGUCAUCGAGCUUGAGCACUUUGGUGUUCCUUUCUCCCGUACCAAGGAAGGAAAGAUCUACCAGCGUGCGUUCGGUGGUCAAUCCCUCAAGUACGGUAAAGGUGGCCAGGCGUACCGGUGUGCUGCCGCGGCCGAUCGUACUGGCCAUGCUCUUCUACACACGCUAUAUGGCCAGUCCCUCAGGCACAAUACCAACUUCUUUAUCGAAUACUUCGCGCUCGACCUGAUCAUGCAGGACGGCGAGUGUGUCGGUGUUAUUGCCUUGAACAUGGAGGACGGCACUCUUCACCGAUUCCGCGCGCACAAGACCGUGCUGGCGACGGGUGGCUACGGACGUGCCUACUUCAGCUGCACUAGUGCGCACACUUGCUCCGGUGACGGUAACGCCAUGGUUGCCCGUGCUGGUCUCCCUCUGCAGGAUUCGGAGUUUGUGCAGUUCCACCCUACCGGGAUCUACGGCGCGGGCUGUCUCAUCACUGAGGGUUCUCGAGGAGAGGGAGGAUAUCUCUUGAACUCCGAGGGUGAGCGGUUCAUGGAGCGUUAUGCCCCAACUGCGAAAGAUCUUGCCUCCCGUGAUGUUGUGUCGCGUAGCAUGACAAUUGAGAUUCGUGAGGGUCGUGGUGUCGGUCCUGAGAAGGACCACAUUUAUCUUCAGCUCAGUCAUCUCCCGCCUGAGGUCCUCCACGAGAGGCUACCUGGUAUCUCAGAGACCGCAGCAAUUUUCACGGGUGUCGAUGUCACGAAGGAGCCCAUUCCCGUUUUGCCUACCGUACACUAUAAUAUGGGUGGUAUUCCUACCAAGUACACCGGCGAGGUCAUCACAGUCGAUGAGAGCGGCAAGGACAAGGUUGUGCCUGGUCUCUACGCUGCUGGUGAGGCGGCAUGCGUCUCGGUCCAUGGUGCCAACCGUCUUGGAGCGAACUCUCUUCUGGACAUUGUUGUCUUCGGCCGUGCGUGCGCUCACCACAUCAAGGAGACCCUCACCCCUGGCAAGCCUCACAAGGAGAUUCCCCAGGAGGCUGGCUUGGAGAGCAUCGAGUUCUUGGACAAGAUCAGGAAAUCCGAUGGACCUCUUCCCACUGCUAAAAUCCGGCUUGACAUGCAAAAGGCCAUGCAGGCAGAUGCCGCUGUUUUCCGUACACAAGAGUCGCUUGAUGAGGGUGUGCAGAAGCUUCGUGCGAUCUACAAGAGCUUCGACAAUGUUGGCAUCAAGGACAGGAGCAUGAUCUGGAACUCUGAUCUCGUUGAGACCCUUGAGCUCCGCAACCUCCUGCAAUGCGCUGUCCAGACUAUCACUGCCGCAGCUGCCCGCAAGGAGUCUCGCGGUGCUCACGCACGCGAGGACUUCCCGGAGCGUGAUGAUGAGAAGUGGAUGAAGCACACCCUCACAUGGCAGCACGAUGUCACCAGCCCCGAGGUCGACAUCAAGUACCGUGGCGUGAUCGACCAAACCCUGGACGAAAAUGAAUGCAAGCCCGUCCCUCCAUUCAAGCGUGUCUACUAA